CAGUUACGAUAACACUUUAUAUUAAAACUAAACUGUAGUCAGUCGCACUCAUGGAAGUAUCGUAAAAAAAUUUAAUCUUUACUAUAAAUAUAUUUGAAAUAAUUGAUUGUCAUUACAAAUAAGUUUUUGUUUGUAUUAUUAUAAAGACUAACAUUACAUUUAAUAAAGAUGUAUUUAAUACAAGUUGGCCUACUGUCUGUGAUAUUUAUUGAAUUAAUAUUAUGUUUUGGUUUAUUGGAAGUUACAACUAAGAAGGGAAUAUUAAAAGGACAUCAGUUGUUAUCGAGAAAUGGACGAGUUUAUAAUUCGUUUACGGGAAUACCAUACGCUGAACCGCCAAUUGGAGAACUUAGAUUUGAAGCUCCAAAAGAGGUGAAACCUUGGAAAGAAAUUCUUGAUGCAACAAAAGAACCUAAUGCUUGUAUUCAAAAGGGUGAUCUGAAUAGUAGUGAAGAUUGUUUGUAUCUGAAUGUUUACAAGCCUCAAGUAGAUAAGUUACUACCAGUUAUGUUUUGGAUUCAUGGCGGAGCGUUUUCAAGUGGCAAUGGGGGUUCUCAAAUGUUUGGACCUCAAUAUUUUAUGGAUAAAGACGUCAUAAUUGUAUCAAUUAACUAUAGAUUAGGUGUUCUGGGUUUUAUGAGUACAGAAGAUGAAGUGAUCCCUGGAAAUCUUGGUUUAAAAGACCAAGUAUUAGCGUUACGCUGGGUUCAAGAAAAUAUUGAGCUAUUUGGUGGAAAUCCCAAUCAAGUAACAGUUUUUGGCGCCAGUUCUGGUGCGGCAAGUGUAGGAUACCACUUAUUGUCUCCCCUAAGUAAAGAUUUAUUUCACGGUGCUAUUCUCCAGAGUGGUACACCCCUAAACCGAUGGGCUAUUGAAAUGCCGGGUAUAGCACGAAAACGGGCUAAUAUCAUUUUUAAAAAGGCAAACUGUAUUGAUAAAAAUCCUAAAAGCCUUCUGAAAUGUCUAAGAAAACUUCCGGCAAAAUUUUUUACAAAUAUAGCAAGUGAAUUUUCCGAAUUUCUUCACUAUCCUAUAGCUUUUAAACCAGUUGUUGAAAAAAAUUGUAAUAUUAACAAGAAUGCAUUUCUUUGUCGUCAUCAAUUUAACGAUUUCUAUCAAGAAUCAUUUGUACCAGUCAUAAUAGGAAUAAACUCAGCCGAAGGAGCUAUGAUAACUUCAUAUUUAUAUAACGAAACAUCUGUUCUUUAUCCAGAAUUUUUGCAAGAUGAUUUUAAAAAUACCAUAAGUAUUAUUUUGAGCUACAAUAAAUAUGCAUUACCCGAAAAUGUAAAUGAUAUUGGCCAACGAUUGUUAAAAAAGUAUUACCCUAGGGAAAAAAUGGAAGAUCAUACUCAUUUCAAUACCGCUGAAAUGAUGACUGAUGGAGCUCACCUGCAUGGUGCACUAUCCAUGGCUUAUUCAUUACUUUCACCUGUGUAUUUUUAUAUUUAUGAUUAUCAAAAUGAAUUUUCAUUUAACAAAUUAUUUGGUCCAUGUAAAAAAUAUUUGGGAGUAACACAUGGUGAUGAACUUAAUAGUUUGUUUAAAUUGAAUGCAUUUAAUUUGAAAACUUUAAACGAUCAAGAUACAAAAAUAUCUAAAGUUAUGGUCAAUAUUUGGACUCAAUUUGCAUCAACUUUAAAUAAACCUACUAUUGAUGGAACUGAAGAGGGUUCUGUUUGGCCAACAUUUGAAUCGGUUCAAGAUCAACCAUUUAUACUACUUAUUAACUCAAUUAAACCCAAAUUAGUUAAAAGUAACUUUAAAAACAAAUAUGAAUUUUGGAAAUCGCUACCACUUUUAUCAAAGUUUUACCAAACAAUGAAAAAAUCAAAUUUGAUGGUAAACCAAAAAAAUGAAUUAUAGUUUCCGCAUUGUAUUAGUCUGUUUACACACAUAAUCUCGUUUUACAAGUAAACAUGUUACAUUAUAUAAAUAAGAUCUUGUAUAAAAAUUAAUACUUUUUAGAUAAUUCAUUAUGAAUUUAAUGAGAAUUACUUAUUGUUACUUUGCUUACAAAUAUUUAUAGAUUUAAAAAUUAAUGAAAAAAAUGUUUUCAAAAUAAAAAAAAUGUAAUUUUACAAUAUGUAUAAAAUUAAAUUAAUUAAAUUUUAAUAAUUAAUUUAAUUUAACUAAAAUAAUUCUAAAUUUAAAUACUAAAAAUAUUUCGUCACUAUAUAUCAUUUAUUCAAUGAAGUGUAUGUUAGAACUUAAAUAUUUAACAAAUAGGACGUUAUUCUUAUUUUGGCAAUUUAGUCAAGUUUUAGAUGUGUAUUGUGAUACUCAAAGUGAAGAUUUUAAGAAAUAUUAUAUUAACUCAUUGAACCACAUUCGUGUUCAAAAUGGAUGGGACUCAAUUCAACAAACAGAAAUUAAACAUGAGCACUUAACAAUUAAUACCAAAAGCGUCACAAGUGAAACCUUCGAUGAAAAUAACUUUAUACAAAAACUCUAAUUUAUAAUUUGUUUGUUAAACGUGAAUAUAUCAAUGCAAUUCAAACAUUCAAUGUAAUGUUAAAUUUUAUUUUCAAUAUAUGUCAAAUGAAUAUUUUUAA